AUGUCGCGACAUCCUGAGAAGGUUAUACAGCCCAGCAGUCGCCAGGAACGCGUAGCUGAAGAAUUUGUAGAUUAUAUCGCUCACACUUCAACACCCAAUGCCUUAAAGCUGGAAGAAAUUGCACGAGCCACUUUGCAAGACGCAACUCUUCAAGCUGUCGAGUGUGCUGUUCGUACGAAUAACUGGUUUGAACCUGCGAAGAGACUUGACAUAAAUUAUGCAACCUACAAAGCUUUAGAACGAGUUAAAGAAGAGCUGACUAUCUCUUCGAAGGCUGGUAUCAUUCUGAGAAGAACCAGAAUUGUUAUCCCUGAAGCCAUGCAGCAACGCGUAAUUGAUCUUGCCCAUGAGGGUCAUCAGGGGAUUGCGAAGACAAAGUCCCUAUUGCGCGAGAAAGUUUGGUUCGCUGGUAUAGAUAGUGCAGUCGAAAAGAAAGUCAAAUCCUGCCUUGCGUGUCAAGCAAGCACACCUGAAACGAAGCGGGAACCACUUCAAAUGUCACCGCUACCCGAAGGACCUUGGAAAGAAGUGAGUGUUGACUUUAAAGAAUUGUCCGGGGGAGGAUAUCUACUCGUCAUUUAUGAUGAUUAUUCGAGGUAUCCAGUCGUGGAAGUGGUAACAUCCGUGUCUUCUAAAGUCGUUAUCCCACGUUUGAACAAGAUUUUCGCAGAGUUUGGUAUUCCAGAAACAAUGCGUUCGGACAAUGGCCCUCCGUUUAACGGGAAAGACUUUGAGAAGUUCGCCCUCACUCUCGGAGUUAAACACCGAAAGGUCAUGCCUUUAUGGCCACGUGCCAAUGGGGAGGUUGAGAGGUUGAUGCGAACUUUGAAGAAAGCCAUCGAAGCAGCUAAGGUAGAUCAACGCCCAUGGAAGGACGAACUUUGUGAGUUUCUUCGUAACUAUAGAGCAACACCCCACUCAACGACGGGUAAACCUCCUGCAACUGUUAUGUUUGGCCGUCCCGUGCGUGUAAAAUUACCUGAAGCACCGCAGAGCAGGAAAGAUCCCGCAUCCAUCCAACGUCGUGACGAACUGGCAAAGAAGAAGAUGAAAUACUAUGCUGAUGACAAGUCUAAUGCGAAACCCAGAGAUUUAACUGAGGGUGAUAAGGUUUUGGUCAAGCGUGAUCCCUCCUACAAGUCCGGUAUUCCUUAUGACCCUAAGCCCUACGUGGUGACUCGAAGGAAAGGCACGAUGAUCACAGCCAAGAGGGAAGGCAAGGACAUAACGCGGAAUUCUUCCUUCUUUAAACAGGUGCCAUUAGCUGAUCCCAUAACUGUAGAGUCUGAUAUGGAUGACAGUAUUUCCCUACCAUCACAACUUAACCCUGCGGUAGAUCCAUCAGAUCAGCAGCAACGCCGCUAUCCUUUAAGGAGUUCCCGACGACCACCAGCACAUCUUAGGGACUAUGUUUGA